UUGCUUCAACUAACUAAUACUUCAAGUCUCAAAUCAAGAUUGGAGAAAGAGUAAAGACAAGACACACUGCAGCUGAGCCACAAGCUGAAUGUCCUAGUGAUUAUGUGUGAGACACUUGAAAGCUAGGACUCGAGUAGGAGUAGGAAGGGAAUGUUGCAAAGGAUGUGUGUGUUGAUUUGCUAAGCUGAGGCAGAAGCUUCGCCACUUUUCAGUAAUCUUAGUCGUCGUUGCCAAGCAAUAUUCGAUUUUGUGCCUUAGACUUUGACUGAUGUUUUCGUGACGGAGAGUACUCCUCGUUCGCCAUGGACAUGUGGGGUCGUCUCAAUAAAGGUUUGCAAGUCGUGCAAAACCAGCUCGACACGUAUGUUGAAGCUGCUGGUGUUGCUACGCCGGACGAAGGAGCAACCGACAGCACUGCCACCUCGGGGUCAGCCGCAGCCCCUGAUGAUGUCCAACAAGAAAAAGCGCAAGGAGCGACACCUGAGAAGACUGGGAGGUUUGAAGAUCUUCAAGAGGCUUUGGAGCAAUCAGAGAAUCGCAAUCGGCUGAUCAACGAGGAAUUUUCUCUGCUGCUUAGACAAAAAGACAAAGAAAUUCAAGCUCUGAAAGAGUCAUCGGAAUCUGGCGUGGUGCCUGAUGCCAUCACGAGUGCCGCCGCCGCCACUACUAGCAGCAAUGCCACCGAAACUGAAGAGCUGCGCCAAGCGCUCAGCGAGAAAGAGGAGCGAUUGCAGGAGUUGGAGAGCAAGUCUGAGCAGAAGUUGACUCGAUUGAAGCAGCAGGCAAAGGCCAAGAUCACCGGUCUCCAAGAGCAGGUCUCAUCUCUUCAAGAACAGCUCAAGCAGUUUCCCGCUACGGAUUCGCCCGAUGGCGGGAUGUCAGUGACAGGCGAGGAAGUAGAAAACCUGAGGGCAUGCUUGGAGGAAUCAACACGGAGAGGCUCUGAACUCCAGAUGGAGCUGGAGGAGGUGAAGAAGAAUGCUAGUAUGACUGCCACUGUUGCUAACAGUCCGUCCACUAGUGAAGCUGAAGAGACUGUUGCCCAGCUCACAAGGCAGCUGCAGGAUGCCGAGCAAGAGCACACGGCAGCUCGACGAGACUGGGAGAAGGUGUCCACUGAGCUGCGUGCGGCUGUAUCCCAGCUGGAGCAGAAGAUAACUGAGAAAGAACAGCAUGCCGGGCAGCUUGCGUCAGAGAAUGCGUCACAGAACAGCCGUAUUGAGCAGCUAGAAGAGAAAAUCGCCGAGAAGCUGAAGGAAAUUGAGGAGCUGGAAGAACAGGAUGUGGCUUCCCAGGCUGAGAUCAUGAGUCUACAAGCGGAGAUGAGCACUACGGCCAACGGCAGUAGUGUGGAUGGCCACGAUCUGCAACAAGUUCAGACAGAGCUGGCUGAGAAGGCCCAUGAACUAGAGUCUCUGCAAGACAGAAACGAACAGCUAACUGCCGAGAUGAAGCAGCAGCAUGCCUCCCUGACGGAACAAAUUGAUAGUAUCACCAGUGACAAGUCCGACCUGGAAGUACAGGUUGCGAAGCUCUUAGCAGAUAUCCAAGUUCGUGACGAGCAGCUUUCAAGCAACUCUUCUGACUUAGCAGAGCAGCUUCGUACUGAGCAAAGCAAGCUGGAAUCUGAACACAAUCAACUUGAAUCCAACCGCAGCCAACUUCUUUCUGAACGCAAUAAGCUGGAGUCGGACCACGUCCAGCUUCAAUCUGAACGCAGUCAACUUGAAGCUGAACGCAGUCACCUUCAGUCCGAGCUUGGUCAACUUGGAAAAGAACGCAGUCAACUUCAGUCCGAGUGUACUGAAUUUGAAGCGGCACGCAGUCAACUCCAGUCCGAGCGGGGUCAGCUGGAGGCAGAGCGCAAUAGCCUUGAAGUCGAUCGCAACGGGCUUGCUGCAGAGCGCAAUAGCCUUGAAGUCGAUCGCAGCGGACUCGAAGCUGAGCGCAAUAGCCUUGAAGUCAAUCGCAGCGGACUCGAAGCUGAGCGCAAUAGCCUUGAAGUCGAUCGCAGCGGCCUCGAGGCUGAGCGCAAGGAGUUCAGCUCGCAGCAGAGCAGCACUGUUGCUGAGCUAACUGAGGAUCACGAACGGAAGCAGAGCGCACUCCAGCUACAGUUGGAGCAGCUCAGAGAGGAAUUUAGCAUCCAAACUGAUCAGCUCCAGCAGGAAUUAUCCGGUAAGGUAGAGCAGGUGAAAGCACUCCAAUCCGAUAUAGAACGACAGCAGCAGCAGCAGCAGCAAAGGGGUAAAGUGCAGUUGAGCACAUCCGCAACUAGUGUUGCAAGUGACCAGGACUCUGCAAUCACUAGUGGCGGUAGCAGCAGCUGCGGCACAGCAGGGCGUGACGUACAGCCGCCAUCGACACCGACGCGCCCCGCCGGUGCGAUGACGGAUUCGUGGACGCCGCUGGGCCUGUCAUCGCAGAUGUCGACUAGCGUCACUGUUCAUGAUGAUGAUGUGGAUGUGGACGACGACGCAGAUCCUCAUCAGACAGUUGAGAGGUUGCGCAAGGUACUGGAGGCCAAAGAGCAAGCACUCAAGGACCUGAACGCCAAGGCCGAGGUGAAGUUUGAGAAGCUGAAAGCACAGGCCAAGAAGAAGCUCUCCUCAUUGCAGCAUCAGCAUGCUGCAGAGAAAGAGGAGUUGGUCCAGCAAUGGCAGCAGCGGCUGGACAAGAUGCACUCGGAACACACUCAUCACUCAGACAGCCAGUCAUUGGCUGCCACUGCGGGUAGUGGUAAGGCUGCUGGUGGCAAUGCUGGCAUUGCUAGUACUGGACAAAAUUGGGAGAAACUACUAGAGGAGCGACUGAGCCGAAUCCAAGAGCUGGAACAGACAGCACCAUCAUUACCGGAGGCGGCAACAUCCAUUGACGUCGCGUCUCAUCGCCCAAUCCGCCUGGCUGACUUGAAGCAGAAAUGCGAGCAGCUGUCAGCGGAGAACGUGGAGCUUUUGGAGAAGGUGGAGGCGUUGUCGGUGGAAAACACUGAUCUUAUGGCACUGCUUAGUGAAUCACGUCGAACGAGCAAGGAUGAUACUUCUGCCCAACCAGACCCCCAGCCUCUGACUGCUGAUAGUGAGGAAGCGUCCGUAACAGUAGCAACCAACGCUGGUGAUAGUAUUGCCCGUGAUGUGUCGCAAGACAUGACCACCAUUGCAAACGAAGUCGACAAGAAGCUGAAUGCUGCCUUGUCUUCAGUGGCCACAUUCCUUGUCCAAGUCAAAGAGCAUUUGAAUACGGAUGAUGACGACAAUGAUGAUAAUGGAGAUGUCAUCGAGUACCCCCAGAUGCCCACUGAACACGAGUCGAUGUCACAGAGUGUUUCAGAGCUAUGCCAAGUAGCACAGAGUGCGCAUCGCAAGCGCGCCACCCUACUCGAGGAGAACAUGCGCCUGUCCAUGAACCUGUCCAGCAUGCAGCAGAGUCUGCGCGAGUCUCAGCUGCAGCUCUCCGACGUGGCCGAGACACGCGAUGAAAGUGCCGGCGAACUGGAAACACUUCAGCACACUGUACAGUCACUGGAAGAGCAGAAUGCCGACCUGUGUGCACAGCUUACUGAACUGGAAGCUAUGAAGCAACGUAACGUAGAACUUCACACACAACUCCAGUCCAUGGACACCUUAGAGCAAGAUAUGGCAAAUUCACUACAAAAACUGAGUGACCAGGCUGAACAGGUGUCCAGUCUUCAAGCUCAACUGGACAAGGUCACACGUCAGCUACACACCAAGCAGGAGGAAUGCGACGAAACAGCGGCAGAGCGAUUGAUUUCGGAGAAUGAACUGUCAUCGGUCCGUGCUGAGCUACAUACCGCUAACACAUCUAAGGAAGCAGCUCAGCAACAGCUGACAACAGCUCAGCAACAGUUGACAACGGCUCAGCAGCAACUAGCGACAACUGGUCAAGACCUGGAAUCAACUGAACAGAAGUUAGCAUCAACAGAGCAGGAGCUUCAAGCAAAGUCUGAACAUCUCAACACUACCACUUCUAAGUGCCUUCAGCUGGAGGUGAACGUGAAGGAGCUGCAAGUCCAGUGUGAGACCAUCGAGACCGAACGGCACCGGCAGUCGUCCGCUGAACGCUCAGGUCUGGUUGACGAACUACGGCUGUGGCGCAACAAGGCUGAAGAUGCCGAGGCGCAGGUAAGCAAGACCUCAUCGCAGCUCGCUGACCUUCAGCUGUCUUGGAGUGAACAGAACGGUGUAGUGUCGACGUUGCAACGCCAGCUCCAGGACUGCGAACGUCAGAGCAAAGCCUUGUCACAUGAGGCUGAGAAGCUGCGCGCUGACUACAAGGACAGUCAGGCGCAACUGAACACGGUGCUUGGCAACUUGCAUGCCGCUCAGGCCUCUGCUGCACAGCAACUCUCCUCCAGCCAAUCGGAGGAGAAGCGUCUACAUCGACAGUUCACUAGCUUACAGGCACAGCUCAAACAAGAGGAAGAGCAACGGCGGAGGGCUGAGCAUGACAGUGCAAAGCUAUCGGAGGAGAAAGAGAAAGCCGAGAGGCUGUAUGCUGAUCUCCACUCGCAGGUGGCCAACCAAACAGCGCAGCGUAAUGAAGAGAAUGUAUCUAUACUGCUACUGCAACAGCAGGUCACCGAGGCUGAAGCUGCACGGCAAAAACUGCAGCUUGAUUUGGACAUGACAUUGACCAGUCUGCACGACCGGGAAACACAGACACUACAGCUAUCAUCGGAGGUGGCACGGCUCACUGCUCAGCGCGGUGAUGUUGAGCAGCAGAUGAGGCAGGUCGGGCGACAGCGUGACCUUGCACAGGCACAGGAAGAUCAGAUUCGCUCUCAGCUGUUGCUAGCGCAGUCAGCGGCAAGCACUGUACCCGAACUGCAGUCACAACUUGAGGCCAGCGCUAGUCACUUGCGGGAGACUAGUCGCAAGCUGCAAGACAGCGAGGCAGCGUGCAGUGCGUACACGCAGACCGUCAAGUCCCUGCGUGAGCAGUGCAGUGAUCUUGAAGCUGACCAGCAACGCAGGGAGAGUGAGGUACAAAUGGAGAUGCGCUCUGUGCAACUGCGGCAGCGACAAUUGGAGCAGGACCUAGAGUUGGCAACGGUGGAGCGUCGACUUCAAGCAUCAGCAGAUGCUGCCAAGGACCAGGAGAUGGCAGACCUCACCGAGUCGACUGUGCUGAUACCGCUUCCAGUUGAUUCUGAGGACUAUGAUAAGCUGCAGCAAAAGCUAACGGCUGAGUCUGCAAAAUGCGGCAUCCUGGAGCGUGAAUUGGACGACAGCCGCCAAGAAGUCCAGGAACUUCUCAAAGAGCAGAAACUGCAGCAGGAGGAGACCCAGCAGCUGCUGCAACAGCACAGGCAGCAGCAAAGAAGUGCUGAUGUGGCCGUGGAUGUGGCAGAGCAGACUGAAGACAUUCCGGAGUGGUCCAGUACACUGACUACUGACGGCGCUGGUCAAUCAGCACAAUCCACUACAUUACCUCUCGCUGCCAACCAGCUACUGCAACAGCUCAGAGUUCACAGCCUGGGCUUGACACACCGCUUAUCACGUGCACACCCGGGUGCACCGCGUAUGUUACUCGUCGCCUACGCAGUGUUCAUACACUUCUGGUGUCUCUACUGUGCUGUUGCCUGAGCAAGGGCCGGCGACUGACUGGUAGGGUGGCGCUGUUAUGCUGUCUGUGGAUGGGAGCAAGCACUGUAUCCACUGUGUCCAUACUGGAGAGGAUGACAGAUGUACCUGCAUGUCAAUGUGUCAAAUUAGUUGGUGUGUGUGUGUGUGUGCGUGUGUGUGCGCGUGUGUGUGUGUGUGUGUGUGUGUGUGUGUGUGUGUGUGUGUGUGUGUGCGUGAAUGCAUGCAUGUGUGUGUGUGUGUGUGUGUCCUGCACAUUAGCCACUCCUUGCCUGUGUGCAAGGUGUGCAAGAAUGGCUUUGGAGUGCUGCACAUAUAAGGAGUCAUAUUCAUUAUGCGAGAUUGUUUACUCGCUGGCCGAGAGCAUUACAAUAAAUUUCGUAUUCUGCUAACCCUACAAGCUACAUUGUCACAGUAUGUGUAGAGAUAACACAACACUGCACAAUGUGAUACGCUGCGCUUAUUUUUCAUGAAAUACGCACCACAUUCUCCCUAUCAUGCACAAAACAUUGUCAACUCUAACUCCAAUGCCUCCUGCAAGGGCGUAGAGGGACGAGAUUCUACCCCAUGUUUUCUUGAGCUUCUACCAUUCUCUUUUCUAUUCUUUUGUAGCGUUAUUAACCUACUGAUCUUGAUUCCUCCCCCCCCCCCCCCCCCUCCCCCGCACACACACACACACAUCUUAUAGCCAUCUUAUAGAUUCCUACAAGCACCCUUUUCCCCUGUUCUUCAACUUGACACCUUUCCAAGUACCUGCACGUACAUGUAUAUGCGGCUUGCGCAUUUCUUACUCUCUGAGAUGAUGAUACCAUAGAAGUUUAUGAAGUCGAUUCUACUUUGUGCUAUGCUUAGCCUUCGCAGCACGUACUCUGGCACUCACAGCACGCUUGGUGCAUCAUCGUGCGAGGUCAAUAAUUCAUGCAACACAUGUAUGUAUGUGUAUAUACAUAGUAUUGGUCAGGCCUAGCUUCUUACCCACACAUCGGUGCAUUCGUUAUUACUAUUAGCCUUGAGCAACGGAGUUUAGGCAUAGAAGAAAAUGUUAGAUUUGCUGAUAUGCCGCUCCCUGUAGGGCUAAUCCGCACUUUCAUUUUUAAUAGCAUCCUACCGUCUUUUUUUCUUCUUUUUCUUAGCGCAUACGUUGUCAUCGUCUUUUACUAAUGAUAUCGUUCCUACUUACCGUACUAACUCAGCCUGCUGUUUGUGUCACACUACUUUUCAGUAAGACCUAA